AUGGCUGGGCUGCAGAGAUCGGCGCUGACCUUCAGGAGGUCGGGCUCGUCGGGGCUGGUCUGGGACGAGCGCUUCCUCACCGAGGAGGCUGCCGCCGGACGCCAGCUGCAGCCGGAGCUGCGGCACUCGAGGAGCGUCGGCAGCGUCGCCAUGCUGCGGCGCGGCGGCGCGGCGGAUCGCGACGACAAGAAGAGGAAGCUGCUGGCGCUGGCCAAGCCGAAUCACAAGGAUCACCACCAGAAGCAGGAGGAGCUGCUGGUGCCUGGCACAGGCACGCCGUUCCGGACGAGGGACGUGGCCCCGGCCGCCGAGCCGCCGUCGCCGAGGGUGCCCGCCGGCUGCUGCGCGCCCUGCGCCAUCUUCCGGGACGCCGGCGCCGGCGCCGGUGGCUCGUCGUCGUUGUCGCGGCGGGCCAAGAACAAGAAGCUGUAG